GCCAAGAAAGUGAAACUAAUUCUGUCUGCAGUGUACAAAAGCCAUGGCUGCUGCUUGGAAUCCUGUCCAGGAUCUCUGUGAAGAAGCCACUUGUCCCAUCUGCCUGGAUUAUUUCAGGGAUCCAGUGACCGUUGCAGAGUGUGGCCACAAUUUCUGCCGAGCCUGCCUGACCCAGUGCUGGGGGGAGAAGGACACAGAGGCCUCCUGCCCCCAGUGUAGAGGAACCUUCCAGAAGAGGUGCCUCCUGCCCAACAGGAAGCUGGCUAAUGUUGCUGAAAUUUCCAAGAAAUUCAGAGAUCAGUGGGUCAAGGGGGCAGAGGUGAAGGGGGGAGUCUGUGAGAAACACCAGGAGCCCCUGAAGUUCUUCUGCAAAGACCAUGAAACCCCCAUCUGUGUGGUGUGUGACAGAGCCAAGGAGCACAAAGAACAUGAGGUGGUUCCUCAAGAGGAGGCUUCCCAGGAGUACAAGGAUCUGAUCCGUCGUCGCCUGGAGAUUCUCAGGGAAGAGAGAGAAAGAAUUCUGGCAUAUAAGGCAGAAACAGAAAAGGAGAAUAAAGAACUUCUUAAGGAAACCAAAGCAGAGAGGGAAAAGACAGUGGCCCAGUUCAGACAACUAUGGCAGCUUCUGGAGGAACAAGAGAAGCUUCUGCUGACCCAGAUAGAAGGCUUAGAGGAGCAGAUUGCCAGGAGAAGGGACGGGCACCAGGCCAAACUCUCUGAAGAACUCUCCUCUCUUGAAAGCCUCAUCCAGGAGUUGGAGGAGAAGGGUCAGCAGCCAGCGAGUGAACUCCUGCAGGACGUGAGAAACACCUUGCAGAGGAGUGAGAAGGAGACAUUUGAGAAUCCAGCAGCUUUCCCUCUAGAGCUGAAGUGGAGGAUCUGGGACUUCCGUGAAAUAAAUCCCUUUCUGGAGAGAGUCAUGAAGCAAUUCCAAGAUGCGCUGCUAACUGGACUACCUGUGAUGAAAGCAACAAAUGUCACUCUGGAUCCAGACACAGCGAAUCCCAGCCUCAUCCUGUCCGAUGGUCAUAAAAGCGUUAGAAGGGGAGACAAACGGCAAGAUCUGCCCAACAAUCCUGAGAGAUUUGAGCACCUUGCUUUUGUCCUGGGACGUGAGGGAUUCACAGCAGGCAGACAUUUCUGGGAAGUCAGUGUGGGAAGUGAGGAAGACUGGGCUGUGGGGGUCGCCAGAGAGUCUGUGAGGAGAAAAGGCUGGAUUGAUUUUAGUCCUGAGGAAGGGAUCUGGGUUGUGAGGUAUUGUAGAGGUGUAUAUAAGGCUCACAACCCCCCUGAUUACCCUCCUCUGUCCCUGAGUGGGGAGCUGAAGAGGAUCCGAGUGUCUCUGAACUGCGAUGAGGGGCGAGUGGCCUUUUACGAUGCUGACAGGGGGACCCUCCUCUACGCCUUCUCUGGAGCCUCCUUUGCAGGAGAGACAAUUAUGCCCUUCUUUUAUGUAUAUAAAAAUGGACACCUCAGCAUCUCCCCUUAAGGCAGCUUAGAGCCUUCCUCACUUUCCCUCCUCUCCAGACCAGACUGGUUGGUCUACUCUAAGCAUCAAACCUUCCUUUGUCAAGGGCCCCUUUUCCCCUUCUGCAAAGACCCCCUGAGAGGCCUCCAGUCACAGACACCAGAACUACAUGGGCUAAAGUGGUGCCUGAUUUCCUCCCUCCCUUUUCCCAGACUUCUCUCAUCUCUUACUUCUUAAAGAGACAGAAGCACAUCAAUAAUCCAGAACAACAUGUCUUUUAACUGCACUGCUUCCAUGACCUUCAGUCCUUGUUUCAUUUUCCAUUUUCCUUGUUUCCCUCUCCACAAUAUUUUCAUUAUAUCCUUAGAUGGAAAACCCACCAUAAAAUUUUCCUCUCUCUCUCUCUUUUUUGCACAAACACACACACACACACACACACACACACACACACACACACACACGGGUGCAUUGUACUUUGUCAGAGAUCCUGAUGUGACAUUCUUGCCAAAGUUUCCAUAUCCCAAAAGGCCUCUCAUUCUGCUGUUUCACGAAGACAAAUGCAUCUUCCAGGUGAUUUCCAUUGAGAAUGGCCUGUGGGUGGGCUUGGAUUCAGCAAGUGCAGGGAAAUUGCUAUUAUAGAGAACUAAUAUGUCCCCCUUAGUUAUUUUCAUUAAAUAAAAUAAGUUACAGCCUUGGGAACAAGGGUUCUCUCAUCAUGCUUAGGGUGACCAUAUUUCAGGAACCGAAAAGGAAGACAACAUGGCCGCUCCAUUGGGCAUGCCCACAAACAUGCCCAGCCCCCAAGGGGGAGUUUCCACCCAAACGUGCCCUUGGUCACAUGUCUGACUUCACAGCACACAAUUAAGACAAACCUGUUCUACAUAACAUCUUAAUUUUAAAAUCACUGGAAUAAAGAACAAGUGAGACAUUCAAUGUAUCUGAAAUGAACUUCAGUCAUUCCUACUUUUGUAGCUUUUGCUGCACUUUGAAUCUUUUGCUAUAUUCCGUGUGAUACAGUCUCCCCUUCCCUCAAAUAUCUUUUCUGACUGCAAAUCCUUCACUGGAUGACCACAGUCUAACCUUUCCUAACAUUUAACACUCGUUCCCCAUCAACUUUCUUAUUUCCAUAUUCAUCGUUUCAUCAAAC